GAGUGAAAGUAUUUCAGGAGCAGUUAGGAGCCCCACUUCUCUGUCCUCAGAGUAGCCACUGACGUCCCGAUAGUUGCAUUACGCAGAAAACAAAUAUCACCACACUGGCAAGUUACGGUUCAUCAACCUUAAGCAGAGCACAUUCCGUGAUUGGAAGGCGUAACUAUGUUUUUCCUUUGUGACCACGGUGCGCAAAGGCUUUUUCUUGACGCUAAAGCUCACUGACAAAUUUUCUUGCUCAGUUUUGAAAUUUUCCUGAAGUGAACAAAGUGGACGGAGUCGCCCGUGGAGUGGGGUGCGACUGCCUGAGUGCCGGAGAGCGAUAAAGGGUUAAGGAAAGUGGAAAGUGUGUCUCAGCAUGGAUGAGAAUGAGCAGAGCGCAAGAGACGCGGAGCAGCGAGGAGCGGAGGACGAGUCCAACAGUGCCAUACGACCUCUUCUGCAAGCUCCAGGGAACCUGCAGCUCCCGCACCGCAUCACAAACUUCUUCAUCGACAACAUCCUGCGACCGGACUUUGGCCGUAAGAAAGAAGCUAACAGCACGCGCGAUGAGGGCAGUCUCGGCGCGCGAGAGAAUCACAACCCUACGGGUCCUAGCACGGGACAGGUGGGAAGUACUGUACCAGCAGAGGGGACUUCCACAACACACGCGAGCAGCGGAGGAAAGAAGGCAGAGAUAGAGAGCGAAGAGCCCCUGAAGACCCGCGGGGAGAAUGUGGAUCAGUGCCUGGGUUCAGAAUCGGAUAGUUCACAGAAUAAUACAAAUGGACAACUUAACCAGCCUAUGUUGUGGCCCGCUUGGGUUUACUGCACACGAUACUCGGACAGACCGUCGUCAGGUAGUCCUAGAUCUCGUAAACCAAAGAAGAAAAACGCAAGCAAAGAGGACAAACGACCACGCACGGCCUUCACGGCGGAGCAGCUUCAGAGACUCAAGGCCGAGUUCCAGACCAACCGCUACCUGACCGAGCAGCGACGGCAGAGUCUGGCGCAGGAGCUGGGACUCAACGAGUCUCAGAUCAAAAUAUGGUUCCAGAAUAAGAGGGCCAAAAUCAAAAAAGCCACCGGCACCAAGAACUCUCUGGCAUUGCACCUGAUGGCGCAGGGACUGUACAACCACAGCACCACGUCAAAGGAAGACAAAUCAGACAGUGACUGAGAUAGAGAAAGUGGGGAGGGGUGCAAGGCUAUAUUUACAAUGCAAUAAUUGAAAAGAAUAAAGGGCCAGUUAAUAAAUAUACCAGCAUUACUGACGUUAAAUAGAGGCUUUAUCGAAUUACGUCAAAAAUACAUUUAUUGAAUACAAUUCUCUUAUGAAAUAAUGGUCAAAUUAUUUCAAAUUAUUUCAAAAUAGGCUAUAGGUGCCGUUUUUUUGCACUUGGGCAGAGUGGCUCUCUUAAGAAACAAUUGUUUUUAUCGUUCUUCUUUGUCGUGCUGUCACUAGAACCGAGCGUUUUCCACGAUUAACACAACGGGAGUUUAUACACAUUUAUAAGUUGUUAAAAAAAAAAAGUGAAAACCUUGCUUAAGUCCAAAGAGUCUUUUCUGCUGCAUCCAGGCAACUGUGAGUACUAUGAAAUGCUUUUGUUAUUUACAAGUUUAUCGUAUUUGAUUUGAUGUUUGAUACAAAAUGGACGCAGCAAUCGUCGGAUCUCAGCAGGAUUUAAAAAAAGAAAAAAAAAAGACACUGUUCUUUUUAUUGUAAAUAAUUUCACAGUCUUAGCCUGGUUCAUUUUAAUGAGUGAAUUGGAGAAGAAAAAUAAAUAAAUAAAUAAAACGCGCAAGACCGUCGUUAACAAUAGGCUAGUGCAUUGCAUUGUAGUUUAUCUGGUUGAACUAUCAUGUGAAAUAGCCUAACAUAAACGAAAUAACAUUGGACUAACCUUCAUAGCCUGGGCAAAACAUUUCAACUAGGUGCGCUAAAUAAAGAAACAAAUGUACCGCAGCGUCUUAAAUCGCAUACAUAGUUUUUAUAAAAGAGCAAUAUAAUCAUCUUUUGUAGCAAAGUAUGUUUUAAUCAUUAUAAUGCUGCCUAUAAACGUGUAGCACUGACAAUGAUAUCGCUUAUGCGCACUCUUGACAAAAGCCAGGGUUAGCGCCACAACACAUCACAGAAAUAUAAACAAAUAUAUAAAUAUAUAUAUAGAUAUAAACACACAACUAUGGAAUAAAAAACAAAUAAGCAAACCAGCUGUUUACUGUAUGACAGAUGUUAAAAUACUGUUUUAAUGUUGACUUCAUAUUUGUUAUGUAUUUAUAUAGAUUAUAUUAAGGAGAAGAAAGAAAAAAAAAAACUUUAUCCAAUGACCGGUGUUGCUUUUUAUGUGAGAGUAGAUUUCUAAGGUGUUUAAAUUGCUUAUUUAUACUGCAAUAACUUCUUUAUGUGAAUGAAGCGGUAUUGGGGCCUUUGCAUGAAAGCUGCAAAUUGUCAUAUUAUGGCAUAUUCACGCGUGUUCAGAACAGUUAAAAAGGUAUGAUCGAGAUUUAAGUUGCAGACUGUAUCCAUAUACCAAAUUGUGGAGUUUUCACUUUUUGAAUCUUUUUGUUUUUAUACCUGAAAAGAGUGUGUGACUAUUUAGCCACCAAACUUAACACACUUUGCCUUACAAGUUCAAGUGCAAACUUAAUAACACAGAACUGUGCCGAAUCAGAGAAACAUUAGUUCAGUCGCAUACGAGCAUAUCUAUGAAUAUGGCCUUCUAUCUGAUAUACGACCUUAUGAAUUUACUCAUCAGCGAAGAUCUAUCUAUAAAAGCUAUGCUGAAAGCUGAAAAAAAAGAGAUAAUACAAUGCUAUUUUUAUUUUGUGUUUACAGGUAAUGUUUGUUAUGUGUAAAUCAUUUGUAUUACGUAUUAAUUGUGUAAUUAACUGCUUCCUGAAAUCUUGAUAAGAUUUAAAUAAACAAGAAGAAUAAUAGUU